UCAAUUACUUUUUCUAAGAAUCAAAGAGGGAUGAUCUAAAAGACUGAAAGCCGAACCCCCACUACCCCUUUUCGUAACCCUAGAAAUUCUUCCUCAAUUCAAUGGUUUUUCCACAUUAAAUUCCAAUUGCACCAAAAUCGUCCAUCUUCUCCAUCUCUAUUCGAUCGCCAUUGAAGAAAAUGCAGUCGAUCUGGAACAUUCGGACCACCUACGGUCUCCCUCUAUGCCUCUCCGGAAUCACUCGUCAUCACCACCUUUCACUCUCCAAGGAGAUUGCAGAUCAUGAUCGGAGACGGGAUGCAAUGAAGAGAGCAAAAUUGGAAAACAGAAAUCUCUUUCCAGCGGAUGAAAUCGACGGAGAGGUAAGAGAAAGUGAAGUUGUUCACAGAUCAUCAGAUCUGCGUAGUUAUAAUGGUGAUGAUGAUGAUGAUCAAUCAUCACUUCAUCACACUCCUUGUACAGCCAAAGCUGCCUAGGGGUUCCAUUAUUAAUUUAUUUCGUUUUUUUUGUGCUUUUUAUAUUUUUGAAAACUCUUGUGAUCUUCAUGAAUCGGCUUCGUAUUUGCCCUAAUUUGAUUUAUGAAACCACUAUGCUAUUUAUGUAUGUUACCAUCUCUUGAUUUAUUCAUCAAUAUUCACACCAUCAUGCAAC